AUGCCCACGGGCAGCGAUUUUCGGGUAUCGCUUCCCAACAUGGGGACGUCCCAUGCCAACUUUGCCCUGGGCUUAGACGCGGACGCUCUAGGAAGCCAUUCGCGCAUGUUCAAGAAGCACAAGGUUCUUCCACAUCCCCGGAAGGAGGAGCUCCAGCGCUCCGGCCCGUGGAGAUACGGCCGGGGGAGCGAACGGUCGUUGUUGCAGAAUGGCUCCUUGCCAACUUCAAGUCCAUACACCCGCCCGCCGGGGAGCCGAACAGGAACGGGCCCGGAACCACCACCUACGCCGCCAGCGCAUUCUCGGACAUCUUCUGUGAACCAUGCCGGCGAUUCCUCGUCUGCGAGCGGCGCCAACAACCCUUUGAGCAGUACGGGCACGGUCGAACCGCUCCCUCCUGUGACGCCACCACACCAGCAAACACCACCUACACCAAACUUAACACCCGAUCGAACACCGCCUGGCCCCGCGGCAACCCAGGCUCAGCGACGCCCCCCGCUAGCGGAGCGGAAUUCUUCCAAGGUGACAAACGGUUCUCGGGUGGACUCAUUCACUACAGCGCGAGAAGAUCCUUACUCUUCAGACGACGAUGACCGCCGACCGACCUUACGCCCGUCUUUGCCCUCGGCGAAGACAUCGCAGAGUACGGUUCGGCAAGUCAGCAAGGCUGCGAGAAGUGUCUCCCAACCCGUGGGGCUAGGCCUAGGCCUUGAGUCGAAUUCUUCCCGUGGCUCGACGCCGAAAACGGUGCCGGGGUUGGGCGAGUUCGAUGGGGAAUACACGACCAGGCGGCCGAGAACGAGCGAUGCCGAGGGAGUGUGGGAUCCCCAACUCAUGAAGAAUGUGACCGUCAGGAAAAUUCGGCGGCCGGUUCUCAAACCAGAAAUCAUUGACGACAGAGCGAUAACACCAACCAACGCUACUCGGGCACUGCGCUCCAUGUCACUAGAGGAGAGCCCGAUUGUCUACCCUUCGCGCAGGGUCGCUUCGGACCGAUACCCUACUCGGCCGGGGCCUACAAAUUUGGAGUCUCCGAUAAGCACCGAGUUGAAGCGGUCCUCAGUUGUAUCCACGAAGUCAAACGCGUCAACGAUCGUCUCGGCGGUCCUCGUAGGCUCUACGCCGCAGCGCCAAAAGACGCUGCGGCACAUCAGGAAACAUAGCUUACUACGGGAUUCUAGUUCCGAGGCAUCCCCACCGCCAACAUCUGCUUCAACUGCUGCCGCAAAUGGAUUUCAACCCACCGAACUGCCAGCACCACAAGCGAAUGAAGCCGUGCGGGAGGUUACGCGUGAGCCGAUCCGUGACAGCUAUGUUUCGACUGCUACCAACAACUCCAUCUCGAGCCGGAAAGCCCGUCGCUCUGUGUGGAACAGCGGGGCCGUGCCGGUUGUUGUGAUUCCGGAGCGUCGCUCUUCAGUCAAAUCGAACAGCAAAUCGCCUUCUUUGCGGUCGACAAGCAGCCGGCGGUCUCGAAGCGUCAGUUCGGUUCCUACCUCUCAGCCUUCAAAAAGCAAGGAGCAAGGUCCGAUCUUUGAACGACCUGGUCGCCGAAGCAGAGCGUACUCGGAAUCUGACGGUUCCCGUCCGGGGGAUGAGCGGACCAUGGAUUUUCCUCCGGUCAUUCCCACCCGCUCGUCCUCUCUCUCGGCGCCUACCAGCCGGAACGCGUCGAGGGCCGGCUCAUUGACGGCGGAGAGCUUGAAUGCGCACAACAUUUUUCAUGCGCAGCAGGCACACCGUGCUUUGCAGAACGCCAGCCAGGCACUCGAGAAAGCGAACGGCCAGGCUCAGCCCGUGCAGACUGAUCGAGCACAGCAUCGGAACGAGGGGGACCAUCUACCGGAGAACGGUUUGGUUGAGCGCAAGCAACCCGUCACCCCGAUGCAGCGCACGCUCCGGGAUAAGCAGGGCGAAUUCGGCGGAAGCCCCGCUCUGACAUUCCGCGACUCACGCGGGACCUCGAGAGAGCACAGCAGUCUUGGUGUGGAUCGAGAUGAGGACCCUUUCUUCGGGAAAAGGCUGUCUGUACAAAACACGCCGCUCUCUGUUGCGUCGGCGGAUACUGCAGCCACCUCUCAUGCCGAGGUUUCCGAGGCCAUGGCCGUCAACAUCUACCCGCACCAGAGCAAGUCUGUGGUCCUCGUCGACCACUCAGCCAAGCCGUCCGAGAGCUCCUCGCCGGAGCAGGAGAAACCCACUGCUGCGAACAUCCCGAUUGUUAGAGCCACGGACGUGGACGGCAGUGUUCCUACGACACCACCGCAACGGUUUGCCGUAGAAGAGGUUGACUCUCCGCUUAGGAAUCCGAGAGCGCCUCCGCAGCCGCCAAUCAUCAACUUUAUUCCCGCUACGCCAUCUGGCUUGACGCCAUCGACCGAGCGGCAGGUGCAGCUGGGCAAUUAUUACGAGAUGACGAGGGAGAAGCCGAAGCGUAGCCUCUCGCUUCUCCGGCAAGCUCUUACUCGCCGGAAGUCGGAUUACGGCCCGUCUCCCGGUCGCCCUGUGGGCCUCCUGACGCGCACAUUUUCGCUCUCUCGGAAUAUUCGACGCUUUGAGGAUCGGCCUCGUCUCAAACGCCGGUCGACGGCGGACUCGGUUUCGAUGGACGAGACCAGACUCCACCCGCACUGGCGGCCGGCGUAUGCUGAGGAUGAGCCUUGUGACUGCGACGAGUGCCGUGAUGGCGAUGACUACUAUGACGACGAGUAUGACGAUGACCGUGACGACGACAACCGCCGCUCUGAGGACGACCGAACGUACCGCUAUCCUCCCAUCGACAACCGGCCUUACCUGCCUUCCCCUGCCUUUGCGCCUCCUCGCCGGAGGUUGAGCGAGCGUAUCAAGCGGACGUUUGCCAUCAUCCCCACGCGAGACAGCGGCCGGGGUGGCGAUGGCUACGACGAUGGGUACGACAGUUAUUACUCGGCCACCUCGGAGGAGGGCCCGGACCGCCGGACCAUCCGCCGCACGCCGAGUGGCAACCUGCGGGUGAUGAAGUUCAGGCGGAGCGUCGAGUCUCUAACACGGGGCGUACCGGAGAACAACGUGCGGCCGUACACUAGCACGACUCGACCGAGCAAGUACUUCCCCCCACGGGCGGGAGCCGGUAGGGGUUAUACCACCCUGUGGCGGUCUCUCAGCGCUCGUGCCCGGUCGUCUAUCCGACGCCGCGCCUCGCAGUCCGGCGGAAACGCGCCGGGCGAGCGGGCCGGCGGAGAGGCGACUGGUUUCCUGCCCACGUUGGGUGAUCGCAUGAACUUUCCCCGGCGGCUGAGCGAAAGGAGGCGGGAGAAGCGGACGCAGGAGCUGCGAGGCAUGAUCUCGGGCCCGCGAGAGGUUCGGGAUGGCGUCGGCGAGGUGAUUCGAAGGAAUACAUGGAAGGACCGUGAUGCCUUGUAUGUUGCGCAGCAGCAGCAAGAGCGACGGGAGCAGGGGUUGGAAAGGCAACUUUAG